AUGCCACAUCAUCAGCCUCCGCCGUGCGCCACGUCGGCCAGAGCAACGCCUGAACCGCCGGCAGGAGCGGGUCCGCGCGUCGUCUGAGUCACCGGGCGCGCCCCGGUUCGAUAGCGGCGGACGGACGGCGCCCAGUGGGGUCCCGCGAAGGACAACAUGAGCAGCCGCCACAUCGGUUAACGGAAAAUGUCGACGGCGUCCGACUUCCUUUCGCUACUAAUAUCGGCGUAAUUAGCGUUUUAAUAAAACUGGAGAAUAUUUACGCUGCGAGGCGUGAUGACCGCGCGGGGCGGGGGGAGACAAGACACGUGGGGGACCUCUCAUUGACAUCUCUGCACGUGUCAUCGGUGACGGACGUGACGCUUUCCACUCGUGGUUGACCGAGGACUGAGCCCCGUUAUUAGCGGACUGGGCCGGCCGAGCGGAUCGUGGACCGGUUCGGGGGUGGGGGGUUGUGAUGUGCAUUCAUGACACGACUCGGGGACGGUUGCCGAGUCAAACCGAGGUGUGAGUCCGCUUUGAAUCGCCGUCUCGCUUGUGUGAGAGCUGUCCUGACUCGGCAGCGACCCCCCAAACGGGGCGCACCUACGAUCUGGGCCGACUUGCCGCGAAAAAGGCCUAAAGCCCAGAUCGUUGGGCCCAAAUAAAAAGAGGAAAAUGAUAGGUAUAAACGCAAAUGACAAAAUUAUGGUGUUAAAAUAAAUAUUAUAAACUUUAAUCGGAGUGAAGGUAGCUGGAUGGGUAUCAGACUGUUGGCUUCUUCGGGUUUCUCGCGUUACUGCUAUCCAGGAUUCAAAGCUUCGGCUCGCAGUACCUGCGACCGCAAGAGGGGGGGAAGGGAGGAGGAAGAGUGGAGAUGUUUAGCUCAUGGCGGAAGUCAUCCCGUCAAUUGAAUGCUUCUGAUCCUGUAAGUUGAUUUCCUGCUUGAGUGUGUCCUCCUCUUUCUCCUAUCAUGUGAUGCGAGAAAGAGAUAAUUAGUUUACGAUUUGGUUGUCGGAGGCAGCGAGGGGAAGGGCCGUGGCUGGCUAUGAGCUUGAGGCCAGAAAACUUCGUUCCUGGGCUGGUGGUUGGGUUCCUUCUGGGGUUGUUCUUGGACUUGUCGCCACUCGGCCGUGGAGGGAAGUCCCCUUCCGCUCGGGGUAAGCAGCGGACGGCGGCAAUUGCAGAUAGCAAUGGUGAGGAGCUCAAGAUGGUACUCUCUCUCUCUCUCUCUCUCUCUCUCUCUCUCUCUCUCUCUCUCUCUCUCCCUCCCUCUCUCAAGUUUGGCCGCAUAGUUUUGCAGAUAACGAUCAACGUUGUAACUGAUGGGAGACGGACUAGCAGCAUUAACAGUCUUGUAAUGAUAGCUCGAUAGCUUGAAAUUUCAAUAUACUGCUUCCAUAGAUUGCCCAUAGAUUCCAUGGUUUGAACAUUUUAAUAAGAUGUGCAUCCUCAAAGAGAUAUGCCAUUAACUUGUAGAUUAGGGGUAAAAACCGCGAGGAUAAAUUCUUUUGGUAUAUCUCCAGAAUUUUAACGAUUCGGCCAUGUUUCUGAUUUUUCUUCGUGGAUUAACUUCAGUAAUAUUUUUUUUAAAAUGUUAUAAUUAUCAUGUAUAAAAAAACUCAUGGGGUUUAACUGGCUCCUGGUGAUUGAUAGUUGAGGAGUUUGAAACUUCGAUUUGCAAGGAUGCUUUCGGUUAUACAAAUAAACUAUGCUAUUUCAUAAUUUUAGGUGGACGUGGAAGAUUUUAUUGGGUAUGACCGAAAAUUGACGUUUGAGGGUAUGUUCUAGUGUAUGGUUUGGUAGUUGGAAAUUCCCCAAGUUAUUUACCCUUGUGAUGGUUGACCAUGUUUAUUGUGUUCCUGAAUUUUAAAUUUCAGGUUUUAGUUGUUAGACAAGAUCUGAAGAUGGGAGCUGGAAAAAUCGCAUCUCAGUGUGCUCGUAAGAUGCAUGAAACCAUGAACUCUCUCAGAUUCAUGCCAUAAGAUUUUUUUCUAAAUUUGGAUUUUCCUUCGAAUCUUUUGAAGGGACCAUCAACUGUGGAAAUGGAUUUUUCUGCUACCUCUUAGAGGCCAUGGCAUUUUUUUUUAGGAUAUAUUAUAUAUUUGUUUCCAGAAUAGACUGCUCAGAUGCAUUUUCAGAGCCCGCUAUUAUAUGCGCAAAAAAACUUUGCUUUGAUUCGUCCUUUCUUUCAAUGUCAGAUGCAGCCACUGGCACAUACGCUGAACUAAUCCACAGGUGAUUUCGACUUGUUCUUUAAUUAUAUAUGCCUUGUUUUUUGACGUGGAGGAUGUUUUUAUUCUCUCAGACCACAGUUUUACAUCUUAUUUAUUAGUUUGGUACUGCAGAGGACUCGUAUUUAUUUAUUUAUUUUCACAAUUUUGGGCCUUUGGAUUGGGGAUGCUCUUAUUUGUUUGAAGUGGAAGGAAACUUCUGGGUGUUUUCCCCUAUCCUUGUUCUACUCGUAUGCUUUCUGAUAGGAACAUGUUUACCCCAUGGUUCAAGUAGUGUUGAUGAAUUGGGAGUCUGCGGAAGUCAUUAUUGCUUUUGGGCGCAUGAACCAGAGGGCAAGGAUCACAGUUCCAUGGUUGUCAUCAAUUUUGGCUCUGCGAGAUCCGGGUGAUUAGUCCAAUUUUGGGUGGUCAGGGUUUUCUUCUUCUUCUUUUCCAGGUUCUCUCCCUUCAUGUAAGCUUUCAUUUAGUUGAUAGACUUAUCAACUUGCUAUUUUUUCUUAAGAAUUCCUGUUUUAUCCGAUUAAACUUUCCAUCAAGGACCCCAUAAACUCUCUAUUUUCCUAAGAACUACUCUUUAAGUCGAUAUGCCUGUCCUUUAAAACCCAUCAACUUGCUAUUUUCUGAAGAAUUUCCCUUCUAUUUCAUUAGCAUCUCCUUCAGUGCCCACCAACCAUCAGUCUUCCUCAGAAUUUCCCCUCUAGUUGAUUAACCUUUCCCCAAGAAAAUGACCAACUUCUCAUUUUCUUUAAUUUUUCUCCCUGACCCACCUUGUCUGGUCCCUUAUUGUUCUCCGCUUCAUUCUUCGUACUGAAUUUUAGAUCUGGUUCUUUUUCCCUGAUUCUCAUAAAGAUGGGCUAUGCGCGCUGAAUGUGAAGUCUUCUUAUACCUUUUAGCCACCGGUCUCUUUUACGGAGAUGGGAGCAGUGUGGGCAGCCCAAGAUAGUCCUCUGUUGCAAGAAUCAGCAAGAAAUGUGAGCACGAAUUAUCAUAAUGGGUCCUACUUUCUAAUAUCUCAAAGAUGAUGUUUUGGUCUAGAUUGCUAGUUAUUUUUGAGAAUCCUUUCAGGAAUAAGCUGAAGGAGACGGCAGAUCGAGCUGGUCUUCCUACUUUUGUUGUUGCUGAUGCUGGGCGUACUCAGGUUCUCCUUGCUCAUUUCUCGCUUCUUUCCCCUCUCAUCUCCGCAGAGGAUAUCUAGUUAAACUGAACCAAGCUAGUUGAGUCGAGCUGACUGUCCUUGACUUCAUGGCAUUACAAUGGUUAAUAAAGUUGAUGCAGAUAGUUUUGACUCGGUCUCAAUGUUCUGCUGAUGGCCUCACAGGUUGCAGCGGGUUCUAAGACUGUUCUUGCUAUUGGGCCAGGUAUCCUCUCUCUCUCUCUCUCUCUCUCUCUCUCUCUCUCUCUCUCUCUCUCUCGCUGUGGUCACAUGGUUGGAUUCUAUUUGGCUUAGAAGGUUCUCCUGAUGGGUGUUUCUGUGCAGGCAGAAAGGCACUGGUUGAUUCAAUCACAGGAAGGCUGCGCCUUAUGUAG